CACCCCUUAAGUAAUUUAAAUAUUUUUUAAAAACGAAAAUAAGGAUCAAUAAUAAUAAAAAAUGGAUAAUAAGCAUGUUAGUAAUACAAUUGAAGCCAGAUCGGAAGGAGUAUUAAAUAAUUAUACUGAGCCAAAUAUAUCCUGUGUAACAGAUAAUUUAUCUCAUAAAGAUAAAGAUUUUGAUAAUAUUUUAAAUAAAAUCAAAGCAGAAAAUUAUUCAGAUUUUCGUGAUGAAUCAAGCGAUUUAGAAAAUCCUGCCAGUAUAGCUUCUAUUGACAGUAAAAAUGAAAAACAACAAGAUCAAAUGUGUGAAUUAGCCUCUAUAUCUUAUGAAAAGGAUGUCAAUGUUUCUGAAUCAAAUUCGCAGGAAAUGACAGAUAAAAAAUUAGUUGAUGGUAAAAUUUUAAGAACGCAUACAAGUUCUCUGUCGACUGCAUUGCCAAUAAUAAAUAUAUUAUCACCAAAAUCAGGACCUCAUAUCUGCCUUGAACGCUGUUUUAAGUGUAGAACGGUUUUUCGUGUACUUGACAGUCCUUUGCAUAUAUGUCGAAUACGAAACAUUGACAAGCAAAAUGAAUUUUUAAAAAUUGAGCCCUCAUUAUUUGUUGAUUCGUGCCUUUGUGAAUUUUGCUGGAAAUACCUGGAAAAAACUUACAAAUCCAAUAAAUCUAAAAAUAGAAAAGAAGAAUCAUAUUCAGAAAAAAAGUCUAAAUUGUUAAAAAGUUCUGUGAAAAAAAAUGUAACAAGAAAUCAAAAUCAGUCAGGGAUUAUUAGUUCCCAUCAAGUUGUUGAAAAACACAAUGAAAUAGAAAAUAAUCAAAGCAAGCUAAAUUCUCAUGCUAUAUGUAGUGUUGCCCAAGAUAGAACUAGCAUAGAUCUAAAGGAAGCAGUAGAAUCACCUAAUGCGAUAGUGAAUUCUGUUUCAAUAAAAAGAAAAAGCAAUGUUAUAUGCGAUACAAUUUCUAAUAAAGAUGCGAAGAAACAAAAACUGAAUGAAAAAUACAGUUUCUAUGAUAAUAAUUCCACAGAUGAUAAUACUACCAAAUCCCUCAGAAAUAAAAAUAUUGCUCAUCCAAAUCUGUCAAUUGAUGUAGAUGAAGACAUUCAAUUAAAUACUAAAGUGCCAUCAAUUAAUAUAGAAAAGGAUUACAGUUUUGAUUUUAGUUAUAUAAACAAUGAUGCAGAUAUACUUCUGUAUCUGAAGGAAAAAUCCCAAUUGUUAUACAACGGAGCUAUGGUUGUUUCUGAAACAGCCGAUGAAUUUUCUAAAGACUAUUUAAAAGAACAAAAAACAACUUUAUACAAUUGUUUUGGUGACACUAAAGACAGUAUUAAUGCCUCAAAACCAUUUAUACAUCCAUCAUCACAUCUACAUCAGUACAGCAAUCAAUUAUCAGAUGAUAAUAUCAAACCACUUAUAAUCAAAGAUAUCACGACUACUACUAGUUCACCAACCCAGAGUAAUUCAAUCGCUUCACCAAAAAAAACUGUAGCUGCCAAUGAGGGUGUAGAAAGUAAAUUUAACAAUAUCAGAACUAAAAAAACAUUACCUUUAUGUAAUUCAGUAUUUAAAUUAAGAAAUAAUAUAAUAUCAACUAAUAGUGUAUCUAAAGUUCCAAACCAUUUAUUAACGCACACAAAGCCAUUACUAACCAGUCGUAUUCCUUACUUGCCAAACGAUAAUCAAAAUUUAACACAAUUAGCGGAAGAACAUCUAACUAGACAAAAUUACCAAUUACCAAUUAGUAUUAUAAAAAAAAAAAUAGUAAAAGUAAAGUUUUGUUACUACAUCUAUGUAAACUAAAGAGCAGCAACUGCAGUGAGAUUUAUCAACUAAGCAAACAAAACCUUCAGUUCUCUUACAACCUAACCUCAUUGAACACUCCAUAAAAAAUGCAUAUUGAUAUAAUUCCACUAAGUAGAAGGGUGAUUCUUUUAUGUUUAUCAGUUAUCCGUGAACACUCGUUCUUUCAAAAAGUAUAAAUGUUGUUUUUUUUGAAUAAUGAGUGUCUUGUGUUGAAUGAAUCACCCAGUAUUGUCAAAAAACCAACACAAUAACUAAUAUUAUUAAAUAUUGAAUAAUAAAUUUCAAAUUAUAUUAUAACA